AUGCGCGCGCGUCGCGAAGUUGUCGCGCGCCUGCAGGCGAGGGUCGACGCGGAGCGCGCGCGGCUUGCGGCCGCGGGCGGCGGCGGGCGGCGGCGCGCGGCGGGCGGCAUGCUGGCCGCCAUGGUGGCGGCGAGGGACCCGGAGACGGGGCAGGGCUUGACCGACCAACAGCUGACUGACAACCUGCUGGGUCUCCUGGUGGCGGGCCAUGACACGACUGCGUCAACAUUGUCAGUGGUCAUGUUCUACCUGGACCAACACCCAGAGGCCUUGGCUGCGCUGCGUGAGGAGCAGGCCGCGGUGGUGGCGGCCCACGGCCCAGCCCUGACUCCAGCUGCGAUGGACGCGAUGGUGUGGGCGACGGCGGUGGUGCGAGAGGCGUGGCGGCUCAGGCCGGUGGUGCCAAUCUCUGGGCGCCAGGCGCUCAAGGACGUGCGGGUGGGGGAGUAUGUGCUGCCUGCCGGCCAACCUGCCUGGGUGGCGCUCGCACACAUCCAGCGGAACGACCCCAGGUGGCGCGAUGCAGCUGGCAAUUAUGAUGCAGCCGCGUUCAACCCCGCCCGCUGGCUGACCCCGGAGGGGCAGCCGCAGGGCGCGCAGCUCGUGUUUGGCGCGGGCAAGCGCGGCUGCAUAGGGGCGGCGCUGGCGACGGCUGAGUUACGGACCUUCCUCGCAGUGCUGGCCAGGAGCUACGCUUUCGAGUUGGACAAGGCCAGCCUGUCGUGGGCGGAGGCACCGUUCCCUGUGGCGCGCGCCGACUGCGCGAGCUUCUCCACGCUCUGA